AUGACUUCGCAGCUUCGGAUUUUCGCACCCCUCGGAGAGGACAUCGACUCCAACGCGUGGGUACUGGAAGACCUUGUUUUUAGGCAGUGGCAACAAGGAGACUCGCGUCAUGUUCUGUUUAUUCACGGCAAAUCAGGCUGGGGAACAUCUUCGGCAUACUCCAUACCCACUCUCGCCGAGACUCAAAAUCGGGAGCGAGAAAACCCUGAAAGAGAGUUAUAUUCGAUGUACGACUUCAACCGUUACGAUGCCUAUCUCGACUUGGAGCAGAGUUUUUUCGCGUCGCUACUUUACCAAUAUUUUGUUCUUAGGCCGCUAUUGUUCAAAUAUACUAGGACAAAGUGUCAAUUGAUCUCGGACCUCCACACGCAGGCAGUCUCCUCUAACCAACUGUGGUCACUCCUCUGCCGGCUCCUAUCCGCGGCCGAUGACCAGCGAGUUUGCUUAGUUAUUGUUGCGAUGGACCAUUCUCAGAUGGACUUAAAGACUCGGAAUAUCGCCAUAUACAAGAAGCUUCUUCAGCUAUUCGAUGACUACAUACUUUCCAGCAAAUUGAGGAUUUUGGCAACAGCACGUACUCCUUUGGGGACGGAGUUUCCCGAAUCUCUGCAUAUAACCCUCAAUAGCGGAGAAUCUGUAUCAGCUACCGAGAUGCACGAGCUCUUGCAGAGCAAUCCCAAAAAUUUUGAUAUGAUCAAGGAAGCACUCAACUGGGCCGUUCAUGCAACUCGGCCGCUGACCUUGUCUGAGUUGUCAGUGGCGAUAGCACUGUCCCGUGUCCAAAAAGAGAGUGGGACAAGCGGACCAGAUUCACAGACGGACAAUUACAUGAUGGAAUUGCUUGAAGAAUACAUGUCUUUUGAUCUUCAAAAGGACCUGCAAUUCAUCAUUGGUAAGGCUAUCAAAGUGGCCGGCUCCAAGGGCAAUGUCCACAUCAUGCAGGACUCCUUUAGGAAGUGCUUUGAGAGCUUCGAGGGUCAAUAUAUCCCUAGAUUCCACGAACUAAUUACUCAAAGAUGUCUUUCCUACAUGUGUGGAGUUCUGAAACAUGGAGAGAGAUCAAAAUUUAUCCUGGGAGAAUGCGGGCGGCCCUGGUACGAGAUUCUCGCGCCAAAUGACGACGAGAUACUGGAUGACAUUGACAGGGGAUCGUUGGUGAUGGCGGCGGAGCGAAAAUUCACCCAUUUACUCAGGACUUUAAAAUCCUUGGGUAAAUUCUCCCGUGUUGCUUUCGACAAAAGUUUAGAGCUGAAGGCUCCUCUACAAGCACUAAUAUGGCACGAUGAUUUCGACAUGUUGGGAGAAAUCUUGGUUACGCUGUGGCCCGUUCCCUCUUUUCUAUCGCGUUGGGCCGGCCUGGCUGCAGAGUACGGUCGUACUGAACUCGCAUUGUCCAUGCCUUCUGGUUUGGGUGAAGCUAAGAUAACAACGCCAGUCGAGACAGUAGGCUCAUUGUGCUUAAUUGCAGCCAAGAACGGCCAUUUGGGGACCCUUGAAUCACUUCUCAACCAUAUUCCAUCGUGUCAAGCUCAUCUACAGACAGACGAUUUGGCCCGCACCGUAGUCCACUGGGCAGCGGCAUGGGGCGAUACGGAUUGCCUGUCGAGGCUGCACAAACGUGAACUAGUCCUCUCCCCUGUAUCCCCUGACACAUCUUCACGGUUUUUGACAGUGUUACAUUUGGCUGCAGCAUCAGGGUCUGUACAAGCCACCGAGUUCCUAUUAGGAUUCGAAAAGGGUUUGGUCGACAUGAGGGAUGGUGAAAACUUCACCGCUCUGCAAGGAGCCGCAAAGGAAGACCAUGAAGCCGUCGUGAAGGUUCUCGUACAAGCUGGCGCAGACGUGUGGGCUAGUACCAGCGAUGCCGAACAUCCCAGGUGUAGCCUUGAGCUAGCAGCCAGGGUUGGACGCUUGCCACUAUUCUCUCUGCUUCUGGGAGAGAUGGAGAAAGGACCGCCAAGCAAGUCUCAAAGCGCAUCUGUUGGACAGCUUCAAAGAAGCAUUACGCGCCGGACACGGCCAUUUAGUCGCUCCAUCUACAGCCGAGGUGGUGAAGACAUACGCAUCCUAGACACUGACACCUUGAAGCGGUUCGUAACGUAUAAUUCCCAUUGCCACACUGCCCGGGCACUCGCCGAGGGAAUGGGGCAAAUCCCGACUGCGGUGGCUCACAGCUUGCUAAGAAUUGGUACAGUUGCAAGGAGAGCGAUAAAUAUUGCUAUAAAGACUGGCAAUGUGGCUGUUGUUGAAGAACUAGUGGGCCAAAUGAGGGAUAGCCUACGGAUACCAGAGACUAUGUUCCAUGCAAAGUGGCCAGAGCAGGUUCCUAUCGUGAAGCUUCUCUUGGAAAACGGGUGGGAGACUAGCGCGUCGAAUCAUACCGGCAAGACCUUGCUUCACAUGGCUGCAAGCACUGGACAAAUAGAGAUCAAACUAUUGUUAGAAAAGAACAAGAACCUCCUCAAUAAGUUCGAUGAUGACGGUCACACCCCACUUCCUCUUGCAAAGGCGAACAAUUACCGGGACAUUGAGGAGAUCCUCGUCGACAGAGGUGCACAUUCAAUGGCGAUCUUUGAGGUGUUUUGCCAGGAAAUAAGGCCACCACAUUGA